AUGCACGCCGGUUUUUCCAAGAGGCCGCCUUUGAUGAUGAGAUGCCCAGGGCCGUCCUGGGGGACCAUCUUCACCUGCCUCAUGGAUGUCUGUCCUCGCACCGGCUGUGCCCGGCUGGGGCUGGUACCCCUCUUCUUCGUAGCCGCCCUGAACCCCCUGGCCGCGGCAGAAAGCUACAGCUACGACGAGGGGCUCCAGGAGGGCACUGGCCUGAUCCAGUGCGGGGAGUACAGCAACCAGGUGCUGCCCGACGGCCGGUGUAAGAUCAUCGCGACGUUGCCGCAGCUGGACGAGCAGCGGUGCCCGGACAUGUUUCGCUGCACUGAUGAGGUCUCUUACUGGCUCCACGAGAAUGAGGAGCGCAAGCAGCAGAUCCUCGAGCUGCGGGAGCUGAUCUCGGAGCUGCAGGAGGAGCUGAGGAACCACCGCCACCGCAUCAAAGUCCUGGAGCUCCAGCACGAGGAGGCGGCGAGCCGCAACCGCAGCGUGGAGCAGCGCGUGCAGGACCUGGAGCAACGCUACAGCGAGGCCAGCACCUUGCAGCACAUCCAGGCCACGCUGCUUUACGACAUGCAGGCGCAGAUAAACAACAUCUCCGCGCUGACGGACUGGACUCGGCGCGUCCCUGGCUGCCUCGGCCCCGCCGAGAUGAGGCUGCAGGAGGAGAUGCACCAUCCAGAGGUAAAGCAUGCAAGGAACUGCCCCAUUGACUGUGCUUCGGUUUACUACAACGGGCUGCGGAGAUCAGGGAUCUACAGCAUCAUGCCCUCGGUUGGAGGGAUGCCUAUUGAAGUGCUGUGUGAAAUGGACACUGAAGGUGGGGGCUGGACAGUCAUCCAGAAGCGUCAGGACGGCUCGGUUGACUUCAACCGGACCUGGAACGAGUAUAAGGAGGGCUUUGGGGAUCUCAACGGCGAGUUCUGGCUGGGCAACGAGAACAUCCACAAGGUGACGAGCCAAGGGGACUACUCCCUGCGUAUCGACCUGGAGGACUGGAACAACAAGCACAAGCACGCCUUCUACCAGGUCUUCAGCAUUGAGGACGAGGCAAACUAUUACCGCCUGCACGUGGAUGGGUUCAGCGGGACGGUGGAGGAUUCCUUUGCCUGGUACCACGACAAGAGGAGCUUCAGCACGCCUGACUCGGGGAACAUCUGCGCUGAGAUUUCUCACGGAGGCUGGUGGUACCACCAGUGCUUUUUCUCCAACCUCAAUGGGGUGUACUACAAGGGCGGACGAUACUCCAUUAAAAACCGCAAGAUCCUGGGGCCGGACGGAGUUGUGUGGUACUCGUGGAAGGACACAGACUACUACUCCCUGAAGAAGGUCGUCAUGAUGAUUCGACCACGCACUUUUCGGCCCCACAUCUCCCCAUGAAGGAGCCUGGGGUGGUCUUCGUUUCUUCUAAUGGCAAACCCUGGAAACAGAGGGCUGGAAAUAGUUUGCUUUAAGCAGAAACUGAUGCUGGAGACC